UACUGUGGACAUGGGUGGCAAACAGUCCACAGUUGGCGACGUCUCCGUAGGUCACUCCCCUGUGAUAGGAAGCAUUCAGGAUGCUUACAAAAGUGGAGACACCAAUAAGGCCCAAGAGCUGAUUAAACUCUCAUGUGAGGAGAACAUACUACAAGUGGAAAAGUGCCAACUUUUGAGUAUUGCCUCAGCCUAUGGAGAUCUGCAUGCAGUGAGGUAUUUACUCAAGGAAGCGUUGGUGGGGUUACCAACGGAACCCAAUGAUGAUAAUCCGGCUGUGGUGGCGGCAUAUUUUGGACAUGAGGACAUUGUGAAGGAAUUAUUGGAUUCUUUGCUCGGUCCCAGUAAUUUCCAGCGACUCCUAAACUGGAUGCUGGCCAUCUCCUGCCAGCAGGGACACUUGGCGAUAGUUAAAUUCUUAAUUCUCACUUACAAUGCUGACCCCGGGAGCUGCGCAGUGAGGAAGAAUGAGUUUCCCAUUCUUACGAGAUUGCCCCUGUAUGCAGCUAUAAAGGCAGGGAAUGAAGAUAUAGCUGUGUUUUUACUUCAGAACGGGGCUUGUUUUUGUUCUUACAUCCUGAUGGACAGUCCCGAUUCUAGCAAGCACCUUCUGAGGAAAUAUUUCAUAGAAACAGCCUUACUACCUGGUAGCGCUCCAGCAAAAACGGCACUGUCUGUGGGUUGGUCAAAUCUCAAGCUGCCUUGGGUGGAUCUGGACUGGCUGAUUGAUAUCUCAUGUCAGAUAACUGAGCUCGAUCUGUCUGCCAACUGCCUGGCCUCCCUCCCAUCCGUGAUUCCAUGGGGACUAAUAAACCUCAGGAAAUUGAACCUAUCUGACAACCAGCUGACCGAACUGCCCAGCGUCCAGUCAUCCGAUGAAAUUAUAUGCACAAGGUUACUUGAGGUGGAUGUGUCCAUCAACAGGCUCUGUAUUCUCCCUUCUGGAUUCCUACAUCUCACAAAACUUCAAAAACUCAUCGCCACCAAAAAUUAUCUGGAAAAGUUAUUUGAUGAGGAAAGUGCAACUAAUUGGAUUGGAUUAAGGAAACUGCAAGAACUUGAUGUCUCUGACAACAGAUUGGUGGAGCUCCCCACACUGUUCCUUUACUGCUUCAAAUCCCUAACCAUCCUCAAUGUUUCCAAAAACAACCUGAAGGUGUUUCCAGACCCCUGGGCCUGCCCCUUGAAAUGUUGUAAAGCAUCUAGAAAUUCAUUGGAGUCCCUCCCGGACACACUGGCUGUUUUCUGGAAAAAUCACCUCAGAGAAGUGGAUUUUUCUGAGAACUCACUAAAUGAAGUUCCACAAGGACUUUUCCAACUUGAAGCACUGGUGUCACUGAAGCUUUUGGGAAAUCAGUUAGUUUCAUUGCCUUCUCAAGAUAAGUGGACUUGCAAGCAACUUAAAUCACUGGACCUUUCUAAGAAUCAGCUUGGGAAGAGUGAGGAGGGGUUUAAAACAAAGCGGAUUUCCUUUUUUACCACAAGAAGCAGAGUGCGUGCAGGCGCGGAGGCAGGUCCCUUCUUGGAGUUUCCGGCAUUCCUGAAUGACUCUCUGGAAGUCCUUUAUCUAAAUGACAAUCAGCUAGACACCAUCCCACAAUCCAUUUGCCUUCUGAAAGGUCUAACAGAGCUUUAUUUAGGGAAUAAUCCUGGUAUCCGAGAGCUCCCUCCAGAGCUUGGACAGCUGGCUAAUCUUUGGCAGCUGGAUAUUGAGGAACUAAAUAUCAGCAACAUUCCUGCAGAGAUCAUAAAAGAGGGCCCUAAAACAAUAUUAGCAUACUUGCGGGCACAGCUGCGCAAAGCAGAGAAAUGCAAGCUGAUGAAGAUGAUUAUUGUCGGUCCUCCACGGCAGGGAAAGUCAACACUUAUAGAGAUCUUGCAGACAGGGAAAGCGCCACAGAUGAUGCACAGUGACGCCACCAUACGGACAACAAAAUGGGAGCUUCAGAAACCAGCUGGACUCAAAGCCAAGAUUGAUUCAGUGCAAUUCAAUGUCUGGGAUAUCGGGGGCCCAGCAAGCAUGUCGACAGUCAAUCAGUGUUUCUUCACGGACAAAGCAUUGUAUGUAGUUGUAUGGAACUUGGCACUAGGGGAAGAAGCUGUUGCAAACCUUCAGUUCUGGUUGCUGAACAUUGAGGCCAAAGCCCCAAAUUCUGUCGUGUUAGUGGUAGGAACACACCUUGACCUUAUUGAAACUAAAUUUCGCGUUGAGAGGAUAGCAACUCUUAGAGCAUAUGUCCUGGCUCUUUGUCGCUCUCCUUCUGGAUCAAGAGCUACUGGCUUUCCAGAUAUCACAUUCAAGCACUUACAUGAGCUCUCAUGUAGGACCCUAGAAGGCCUUGAUGGGCUCCGCCAGCUGAUAUUUCAAGUCACUUGCAACAUGAAGGACGUCGGCAGCUCUAUUUGCUCGCAGAUGCUUGCAGCGAGAUUGAUACCAAGAAGUUACCUUAGUCUCCAAGAAGCCGUCCUAGCAGAACAACAGAAAAGGAGUCAAAAUGAUGAUGUGCAGUAUCUGACAGACAAACAAAUAGAGCAAAUCGUAGAGCAAACCCCUGGAAAUGAUAUCAAAGACUAUGAGGACUUACAAGCUGCCAUCAGUUUCCUUAUAGAAACAGGAACGUUGCUGCAUUUCCCAGACACCAGCCAUGGACUGAGAAACCUCUAUUUCCUUGAUCCAGUCUGGUUAUCAGAAUGUCUUCAGAGAAUAUUUAAUAUUAAGAGCUCAAAGUCUGUUGCUAAGAACGGAUUAAUCAAAGCGGAGGAUUUCAGGAUGUUGUUAGUUGGGACGGGGUUUACUGAACAAACAGAAGAACAGUAUUUCCAGUUUCUGGCCAAGUUUGAAAUUGCACUACCAGUAGCCAAUAACAGAACAUAUAUAUAUUUUUUUUACAUUACUGGCAGACUAUUUCUGGAAAAUAGUAAACUAGAAUACAGUGAAAAUGAAAACAAUGUUCUUGGCCAGGGUGGAAGUGGAACCAUUAUAUAUCAGGCAAAAUACCAAGGAAAACCAGUGGCAGUGAAGAGAUAUCAGAUUAAGAAAUGCAAGAGUUCUCCUAAUUCGGCUACAGAUACCAUGCUGAAGCACUUGCGAGCUAUGGACGCCAUGAAGAACUUCUCAGAGUUCCGUCAGGAAGCCAGCAUGCUCCACUCCUUGCAACACCCCUGCAUCGUUUCCUUGAUUGGGAUUAGCAUCCAUCCUCUCUGUUUUGCCUUAGAGUUGGCCCCCUUGGGCAGCCUCACGACUGUGUUAUCUGGAAAGUCCAAAGGGGCUUCCUUUGUGCCACUGGGGCAUAUGCUGACCCAGAAAAUAGCAUAUCAGAUUGCAACGGGCCUUGCCUACCUGCAUAAGAAGAACAUCAUAUUCUGUGACCUAAAGUCAGACAAUAUUUUAGUGUGGUCCCUGGACAUUAAAGAGCAUGUCAACAUCAAACUGUCUGACUAUGGGAUUUCUCGGCAGUCAUUCCAUGAAGGAGCUCUUGGAGUGGAAGGCACUCCUGGAUACCAAGCCCCAGAGAUUAGGCCUCGAAUAGUCUAUGAUGAAAAGGUGGACAUGUUCUCCUAUGGAAUGGUCCUAUAUGAACUAUUGUCUGGACAGCGGCCUGUGCUCGGACAACAUCAGCUUCAGAUUGCGAAGAAGUUGUCUAAAGGGAUCCGGCCCAUUCUGGGGCAGCCGGGGGAAGUGCAGUUCCACAGAAUGCAGACGCUCAUGAUGGAAUGUUGGGACACUAAGCCAGAAAAGCGUCCAUUGGCCAUUUCUGUUGUAGGACAGAUGAAAGAUCCUACGUUUUCUACUUUCAUGUACCUGCUGUGUUGUGGGAAGCAGUCUUCCUUCUUUUCUUCCCAAGGCCAAGAAUACACUGUGGUAUUCUGGGAUGGGAAGGAAGACACCAGAAACUACACUGUGGUAAAUACAGAGAAAGGACUCAUAGAAGUGGAGAGAAUGAGCUGCCCAGGAAUGAAGUUAUGCUGCCAGUUAAAAGUUCAGAGUGCACUAUGGACUGCCACAGAGGACCAGAAGAUUUAUGUAUAUGGCUUACAAGGCAUGUGUCCUUUAAAUACUCCACAAAAGGGAUUAGACACUCCGGCUACCGUGAGCUGCUUCUUAGCAGUGCCUGUUAUAAAAAAGAACUCCUACCUGGUGCUGGCUGGACUGUCAGAUGGACUUGUGGCAGUUUUUUCAGUGGCACGUGGCAUCCCAGAGGACAGCUGCUCCUACUUGUGCUCACACACUGCAAAUAGGUCCAAGUUCAACAUCUUGGACAGUGACCCCCGGCAGAACCCCUACCCUGUGAAAGCCAUGGAAAUAACAAACAGCGGUGCCGAGGUCUGGUACAGCAAUGGCCCUGGGAUUCUCAUCAUAGACUGCGUGACCAUAGAUAUAAACAGGAGGCUGGAGCCCUACAACCCUCCAUCUGUGAUCACAUCUAUGGCGUGUAACUCCGAGUACCAUGGGGAGGAAGUGAUUUGGUGCCUGGAUGAUAAAACGAACUACCUGGUGAUGUACCAUACUGCAACCUAUCAGCUCUGCGCGCGGUACUUCUGUGGUGACCGCAGCCCUUUAAGAGACAUGUUUACAAUCCAGCAGCCUUCCGCAGGGAUCCCUGCUACAACAGCUGUACACAGGACGGUGCUUGAGAGUAACUCUCUGGCUGACAUGAGCAUUAUCUACAGCCCGGAGCUGGGCACACAAAUAUUAAACCAUCAGGACUCCCUCACAGACUAUUGCUCCGUGUCUUCUUACUCAUCCUCCCCUUCUAACAGAAUAACUAGGUCCUUCUCCAGUCUGCCGAGCUCCCCUGCAAGCUCAUCUAGCGCGCCUUUCUCCAUGGAUUGCGAGGAGUCCGACAAGUUUCAUGAACUGAUCCCUUCCCCAGACAGAUCUGAAAAUGAUGCUACACCAACAGAUGAGAACACAUCUCAUCUCCAAGCUGUAAAGAUUCUUCCAGUUAAAGACCUCAUCUGGAUCCCGAGGCGAGGUGGCGACAUCAUAGUUAUCGGGCUGGAGAAGGAAUGUGGCACGCAGCGCGGCAGAGUCAUUGCCGUAUUGAAGGCCGGAGAACUGGCUCCCUAUGGGGCGCUGGUCGAAGCUGCUAUCGUAGCAAGGGACACUGUUGUGUGCUGCUUUGAGAACAAAAACAUGGAAUGGUGCCUUGCUGUCUGGAGGAGCUGGGGUGCCCGAGAGUUUGACAUUUUCUACCAGUCCUAUGAAGAGCUGGGAAGGCUUGAAACCUGCAUGCGAAAAAGAAGGUAGUGCUUGUCGAAUUUAAAAUCCAGCAUCCAGGAAGGAUGGACUACAGGGAACAGAAACGCCCAUCAGCAUUCCAGCCUGGGCACUUUUGUAUCCUUAGAGAAGGGUUUGGGUUGUGGGUGUUUUUUUUUUUUUUCCACAUUUGCUGCUAAGGAACACUGCAGGGCUCUUGCAGAAGCUAUCUCCCCUGCAGGGUAUUUGCCAGAGACGCAGAAGACCAAACUAGAUACCAUUCUGUUUGUUUCUUCCUUUCUUUUCAGCAGGGGAUAGAGAUGUAUUAAGUCCAGAAAGCGGGUGAUCUCUCAACAAUAUUGCUCUAAUGUGUACCACCCUCCCUAUCCCUCCACCCAUUUCCAUUCACUUCUGUCUUUUGAGCCUCCUUUCUUCCACUGUAAAUUCCCUCACAACCCCCGCACAUCUGGGCAGCUGCUGCUUAGGUCCUCAUCCAAAAGAGCUUUACUAACUACACAGAUAUGCAUCUCUCUCCCUCAGAGACUGAGCUUUUACACAAUACUCCUAUCACCUGCUGUCCCAAUGGGCAAUAAUCCUUCAGUGGCCAAUGUAUUUCCGAUCUGUAAAAGAUAUUGUGAUAGAGUUACUGUGAAAGACCCAAAGAUGAUGAUCUGCCAAUGAAUACUGCACAAUCUCAGUACAUUAAUGAGCUAUUUAAUUGCACUGUUGCAAAGUAAAUUGUACAUAGAUCGAAUUCAGAGCAAAACACGUCAGCAUUUCAGAUGCUUUACCAGUUGAAGGGAGUAAUUUAAUCAGCAGAACUUGGAAAUGGUCCUUGUCCCUCUGUUACUUUUCUCUGUAAAUACAUUUGGAAGUAAGCUGAGUUUACUGAUAUAUAAAAGUGUGUUAUUUUUUAGAUAGAGGUUCUUAUAUAGUUUAUUUUUCACAUCACUAAGGUCACACUGGACCCCGGAAAGCAUUGUACCCGAUGUACACACAAUCACAUUAUCAUAGCAUGUAUAGAAGAGUGUAAAAAGUGAAUCAACUCCUGAUGCGUGAAUGUGUCCUGUGUAUUGAACUGUUUUUAUACUGAGAAACUUAUACUAAGUUUGAACAUAUCUGCAAGGCUGCUUGAUGUAGCAGGUAAAUGUCAGAUUUAUACUUUUACUGCAGGCUGUUAAAAUAACCAUCAGAAGCAAAAUGUAUCUCCAAAUAAACAGACUCCUCCAAGAAUUA